GCUGAUUCUUAGACUUGAUACUUUUCUCAAAGCCUUUGGUGUGAUGGAGGUGAACACAAUGACCAAAGCCAAUGAGCAGAGGUCGUCGCAGGAGCCUCCUCGGAUCGCCAUUCCAGAGAACGAUAUGCAGAACUUCAUGGGCCAAGAGAACUGGAGGCAAAGAAUCCGUAAGGAGAAUUUGCAUGCGCCGCGACAUGCACAAUUCUCUGUGCGGAGUGCAGUGCGUGCGCUGGACGUGACCAAGAAGCCAACCCAGGUGCAUCCAAGCAGCUGUGAGCCAUCCGCCAACACAGCCAGGAGCUAUGCCCGGAAUUACAUUCCCAGAGAGCAGCUGCUUUGGCCUGAGACGUCACAGCAUGAAAUGGGCUGGCUCGUCCAGGAUGUGAAAGGCAUACCAUUUGCGGAGCGCAAUACAAUUCUUGCACCCAGUCAGCUUGGCUUUGGUUGGCGUCGGAGAUCUGCUGAGCGGCGGCAGGAGUGUUGCGAAUCCGUUUUGCCUCGACAACCUACGCCUUCUACGGCAAGCUCAAGUGGCUCAGGUCGUUCACGUAUGAGGAGCCUCGAGGGACCAUCAAACCAGGCGGCAGUACCUUCAAAGAUGCCGGUUCCUUGGCCCAGUUCUGCUGAGCAGGCCUUGCCUUGGUUUCCUGGUAUUGGAAAAUUGCGUCGGCAGCGGCGACUCUGGCGGAUGCAGCAGCGGGAGAUACGGUCCGGCGAGGACCGCCAGGGAGAACAGCUUGGAGUGCAGGAGAGGGAGGAGGAGCAAGUUGAACAGAGGUCUCAGAGUUCACGUCCGCAGUCCGCAUUGCCUGGCAAUUCGGCUGGGUUUCGAACAGUCGUCUACAAUUCUGCAAACGACAAAUGGCUUGGCCCUGGUGACACCCCAGUCUUGAAGCCUAGCUCCGCAGAUCACAAUGUGAUUACGUCAAGAUCACAGAAAUGCCGCGAAUUCUUGCGAAAUGGUCCAAGGAGCCAUUGGGAAAGGCACAAACCCGUGUCGGAUAUGUCCUCUUUUGCUCAUGGCUACACCAUGCUUUGGGGUGUCAACUUCUUCAGCUCAAAAGGGAGCCAGCGUCACUAGGGCCAACCGAAUCGUCCCUGAGAGCUUGACCGAGCUAGUCCAAAAGGUGAUGCCAAAAGCAGUGCCGAGAAGAAGGGAU